AUGAGGCACUGGUGUGAAAUCUUGGUCGGCGUUCUUCUGAUUUUCAACUUUCCCAGCCCAGGUUCAGUCUCUAAAGCCAUCAAGAUUGUCCGCAGUGACUUGGAUCCAGAGAUCAACCUGGACAUCCCCAAUUUUCAAAUGAGAGACGCUAUUGAUGACAUACGAUGGGACAAAGAAGGGAUCAUGGUUGCGCAAUUCAGAAAAGGCAGGAAACCUUCCCGGCAUAAUGAAACCUACGAGAUAUUAGCAAAUGGAACUCUGAAAAUUAAACAUCUGAAGGGAUAUUAUAAUAGUACCUACCACGUAGUUGUAUACGAUACAGAUGGAAAAAGGGUGCUGGAACAAUCAUUUGAUUUGAGGAUUCUAGAGAUGGUCUCAACACCCAAGAUCUCCUGGGAUUGUCACAGCACAAACCUGACCUGUGAGGUAAUAAAAGGAACUGACCCUGAAUUAAUUCUGUAUCAAAAUGGGAAACGGCUCACUCAAGGUCGUCUGAAGGUCAUUAGAUAUCAGUUGACCAACCUGAAUGCAGCGUUCAAGUGCACGGCAAGCAACAAAGUCAGUGAGGAGUCCACCGUGGCAGCCAUCAGCUGCUCAGGGGAAGGUCUGAACAGCUAUCUCAUCCCUGGCAUCUGUGCGGGAGGCCUGCUCCUGUUCUUCGUGGCGCUGCUCAUUUUCUGUGUCAGCAAGAGGAGAAAGCAGAACAGCAGGCGCAACGAUGAGGAGCUGGAGGUAAAAGCUCACAGAACCACCUCUGAGGACAGAAGCCCAAAGCCCAGCCAGAUCUCCACCUCACCCCCUCCAAAUCCAGCCGUUGCCCAACCUCCGCCACCACCCAGUCAUCGUGUCCAGACACCUGGUCCUCGUCCCUUGCCUCCCGGCCAUCGUGUCCAGCACCAGCCACAGAAGAGGGCUCCCCCAUCAGGCACACAGGUUCGCCAGCAGAGAGGCCCGCCCCUCCCCAGACCUCGGGUGCAACCAAAACCUCCCGGUGGAGCAGCAGAAAAUUCACCGUCCCCUUCCUCCAAUUAAAACUGUCCUUUCCAAUGAAAAGGCUCUUUGGAGUUCUCAGCUCUGGGUGUGCAGGUCCACUUUUCCAUCAGAC